AUGGUCUCUUCCUUCUGUUGGGGCUGCCUUACACGGCUUCGUUCGACGCCUCGAGCCAUUCUACCUCCGUCGGUGACGGCCCCCCGAGCCACGGCAUCUUUCCACACGUCAACGGUCCGCUAUGCGCUGCCAACAAAGAAGAAGACCAGCCUGGAGGGCCCGCCCAAGUACCGUCAGGCCAAGUCCGCCAAGAUGAAGAAGAAGAAGCCCAUCGACAGGCCGCGUCCUCCUCCCGUCGGAGAGCGCAAAACGCUGCGCAAGCGUAUCGUGCUCAGCAACCCCAAUGCUCUGGAGGUUGAGGGCAUGCAGGACCUCUCGGCGGAAACAAUGGUCGACGCGCGUCUGCGCGGCUCGGUCCUCGGCCUUCCUAUCCCCAUGAUCGCCCAGUUGCGCGCCGUUCAGGCUUUCAAGCCCAAGCAGGGUUGGUCGAUAUUCCGCCGGCCCGGAACGGUGGUCCGACGGGAGACUCUGGAACUGGGCCGGCUGAUCGAUAGAAUCUCGUCUGAGGGUGAGGACAAGGGUAAGGCGGUUAAGAAGAUCAUCACCGGUGGAAGAGCCACUGGCAAGACAGUCCAUUUGCUGCAGGCGAUGGCUAUGGCUUUCACCAAGAAAUGGGUUGUCUUCACCGUUCCCGAACCCCAGGACUUGGUCAUUGCGCAUACCGGCUAUGCUCCGCUCUCCGACGAAAACCCGCAUCUCUAUGUUCAGAAUGAAGCGACCGCUGCCUUGCUUUCUCGCACCGUCACGGCCAACGAGGAGGUCUUGAAGAGUCUCCAUGUGUCUCAACAGCACCCCGCCCUCAAGUCUUCCGUUAAGCCCGGCAUGACCCUUGAGAGCCUUGCCAGACUUGGUAUCCAGGACCCCGCCGUUGCGUGGAACGUCUUCCAGGCGCUGUGGACUGAGCUUACCGCUACUGCGCCCGCGUCUGGAUUUGAGAAGAACUUCAAGGCCCGUCCGCCCAUGCUUGUGACAGUGGAUGGCCUGGCCCACUGGAUGCAGAACACUGAAUACAAGAGCGCCGAGUUCGAGCCUGUUCACGCCCACGACCUUGUGUUUGUGAGGCACUUCCUUUCGCUGCUCAAGCCUGGCACUGGCAAGUCCACGCUCCCCAACGGUGGUCUCCUGCUUUACUCUACCUCGGCCUCCAACAACCCCACCAUCUACAGCUUCGAGGUCGCCCUCAAGCAGGUCGCGGCCCGCCAGGCCGGUGUGAAGCCUUCCGCUCCGGAGUUCCCCAAGGCGGACCCCUACAGCCGUGCUGACCAGCGGGUUAUCGAUGCAUUCGACUCUCCCAAGUCGUCCGUCGCGAAGGAGGGCUCUCUGGAGCUCCAGACCCUCGGUGGUCUUACCCGCGAAGAGGCUCGCGGCUUCCUGGAGUAUUUUGCCCGCAGUGGCCUUCUUCAGGAGAACAUUAAUGAUGAGUGGGUUGGGGAGAAGUGGAGUUUGGCCGGCGGUGGUGUGAUCGGCGAGCUUGAGAAGCUGGGUAGACGGCUCAGAGUGGCAGCUUAG